GUGGUCCUUCUAGCAGCUCAGACUCAGGCCUGGAGCUGAUGAUGCCGCUGAACCAACUGCACAGCUGGCUGAAGGCUGUGCUCUUUGGACUCCUGCUUCUCCUCCUCCAUGUGCAGGGUCAGGACUCAUCAGAGGCCAGGCCCAUCAGAAACACACACACAGGCCAGGUCCAAGGCAGUCUCCUCCAUGUGAAGGACACUGACAGUGCUGUCCAGACCUUCCUGGGAAUUCCGUUUGCCAAGCCACCUGUAGGAGCACUGCGCUUUGCACCUCCUGAGGCCCCUGAGCCAUGGAGUGGUGUGAGAGAAGUGACCUCAUAUCCGCCCAUGUGUCUGCAAAAUAUAGAAGGCCUGAAGAGGAUGAAAGUGACCCUGCCUCCCAUCCCUAUGUCCGAGGACUGCCUGUACCUCAACGUCUAUGCACCAGCUCAUGCCCAUGAGGGCUCCAGCCUGCCUGUGAUGGUGUGGAUCCAUGGUGGGGCACUGGUGGGAGGUGCAGCUUUCAUGUAUGAUGGAUCCUUAUUGACAGCCAUGGAGGAUGUGGUGGUGGUCACUAUUCAGUACCGUGUGGGUGUCUUGGGCUUCUUCAGCACUGGAGACCAGCACGCCAGAGGCAACUGGGGCUACCUGGACCAAGUGGCUGCCCUACACUGGGUCCAGCAAAAUAUUGCCCACUUUGGAGGCAACCCUGACCAGGUCACUAUUUUUGGCGAGUCAGCAGGUGGCACAAGUGUGUCUACACUUGUUGUGUCCCCCAUGUCCCAAGGACUCUUCCACAGAGCCAUCAUGGAGAGUGGGGUGGCUGUGCUGCCUGACCUCAUCCAUGACACCGCUGAGAUGGUCUCCACUACGGUGGCCAACCUAUCUGGAUGUGGGGCCAAGGACUCAGAGACCCUGGUGCGCUGUCUGAGAGGCAAGAGUGAAGCAGAGAUUCUGACCAUUAACAAGGUCUUCAAGAGGAUCCCUGGUGUGGUGGAUGGGGAGUUCCUACCCAGACAUCCUAAAGAGUUGUUGGCUUCUGUGGAUUUUCACCCUGUCCCCAGCAUCAUUGGAGUCAACAAUGAUGAAUACGGUUGGGCCCUUCCUAUGAUUCUGGGCACUGCUGGGUUAAUAAAGGAAAUAACCAGAGAGAACCUGCAGGCUGUUAUGAAGAUUGCAGCAGCAGAAAUGAUGCGGCUGCCUCCUGAGUGUAGUGACCUGCUAAUGGAAGAGUACAUGGGGGACACGGAGGAUCCCCAAGCCCUCCAAAUGCAGUUCACAGAGAUGAUGGGCGACUUCCUGUUUGCGAUCCCUGCACUCCAAGUAGCACAUUUUCAGCGUUCCCAUGCCCCUGUCUACUUCUAUGAGUUCCAACAUCAAUCCAGCUUCCUCAAGGCAAAUAGGCCACCCCAGGUGAAGGCUGACCAUGGGGAUGAGGUUGCUUUUGUCUUUGGCUUUGUCUUCCUCAUGAUUUCAGCUAACUUCACUGAGGAGGAGAAGCUUCUGAACAGAAGGAUGAUGAAGUACUGGACCAAUUUUGCAAGCCAUGGGAACCCCAACAGCGAGGGUCUACCCUACUGGCCCAUGUUGGACCAUGAGGAGCAGUACCUGCAGCUGGACAUCCAUCCUGCUGUGGGCAGAGCCCUGAAGGCCAGAAGGCUGCAAUUCUGGACCAAGACUCUGCCCCAGAAGAUCCAGGAGCUGAAGGGAGUUCAGGACAAGCACACAUCGAUGUAGUCUCCCAUGUCAGGAAAGUCGUGUGGGGUUGAGGUCAGAUGGGGUCACUCAGAGGUUACAAAUCCAUUUAAUUCUUUCUAUUUUUCUAGCACUCACUGAAGCAUUUCUAACCUUAGCAUUUGCUUUUUAAAAUGUGCAUGUCAAACCUUCUGUGUGUUAGUCUUUAUCCUUCUGGGAAAACUUUAUUAUAGUCAAUAAAUU